UUUACAUUUGCAUUAUAAAUCCCAGCAACCUUUAUGGAACUCCAUGCACGGUACUAAAUUCCCAAACUCCAGUACUCUCCCUGCCUCCUGUAAUCUCCGCCCACAUCCACCAGAAAGAGAAGAAGCAAUGGAUGACCGCAUUCGACUCCUGCUGGUAACGUUUCCGGUCCAAGGGCAAAUCAAUCCCAGCCUCCAAUUUGCCAAGCGCCUAGUCAAAAUGGGUGUCAACGUCACUUUCGUAACUGCCUUUUCUGUGCUCAAUCGCAUAACCAAAUCCGCCUCCGCUACUCCACAGGGCUUGACCUUUUCCGGCUACUCCGAUGGCUACGAUGAUGGGUCGAAACUCGCCGAGCCCGUAGGGAAAGAUGUAAAGAUUAACUGGUCGAAAGCCGUAGCAGAACUCAUCAAAUCAGAGGCGGAACGAGGCCAGCUUUUUAUUCAUGUGGUCUAUACCACAUUUCUCCCUUGGGUAGGCCAAAUUGCACGUGCCCUUAACGUGCCAUCCACUUUCCUUUGGAUUCAACCAGCCACCAUCCUGGAUGUAUACUACUAUUACUUCAAUGGUUAUCGGGAUGCCAUUCGGAGCAAUACGAAUAACCCCACAUCGGCAGUUGAAUUACCCGGACUGCCAUUGCUCACUGGCAAUGACCUUCCCUCUAUUCUGCUUGAUUCAAGCGCUUUCGAUUGGGGGGUUCUUCCAAUAAUGGAAGAGCACAUAGGUAUACUCGAUGGCGAAACAAACCACAAAGUACUUGUGAACACCUUUGAUGCUUUGGAGUCUGGGGCCCUGAGAGCAAUCGAGAAGCUAAACUUGGUUGCUGUCGGGCCAUUGAUCCCGUCAGCUUUCUUGGAUGGAAAGGAUCCGUCUGACACUUCUUUUGGGGGAGAUCUAUUUCCAUAUUCAAAAGCCUAUAUUGAAUGGUUGAAUACGAACUCCAGCAAAUCUGUAAUUUACAUAGCGUUUGGAAGCAUUUCAGCUGUAGGGAAGCAACAAAUGGAGGAGAUUGCACACGGGUUGCUUGAAUGUGGAAUGCCGUUUUUGUGGGUAGUGAGAGCAUCAGAUGAGGAGAAGCUAAGUUGUAAAGAGCAAUUGGAACAACAGGGAAUGAUAGUGCCGUGGUGUUCUCAAGUGGAGAUUUUGUCACACCCGUCGAUUGGGUGUUUCAUGUCUCACUGCGGGUGGAAUUCUUCUUUGGAGAGCUUGGUUUCCGGAGUUCCAGUGGUGGCUUUUCCGUUAGCGUUAGACCAAGUGAUAAACGGAAAACUUAUCCAGGAUGUGUGGAAGACGGGGAUAAGAGUGAUGAGAAAUAGGGAAGGAAUUGUGGAGCGUGGUGAGAUUAAGAAGUGCAUAGAAGUGGUGAUGGGAGAAGAUGAUAUGAGAAGCAAUGCUAAAAAGUGGAAGGAAUUGGGAAGGGAAGCCGGAAAGGAAGGUGGAUCCCUGGAACAAAAUCUGAAAACUUUUGUUGAGGAGACGAUCCGUGCUAGUUUGGUAAAAUAAAUAUUCUUGUACGAAGCUAAUCGAAACAUAAAUAAUGUUCCGUCAGCAAUAAGUGAUACAUAAAUGUUGUUGUACAAACCUGAUCCAUGCUAGUUUGGAAAGGAUCGAUCCGUCUGACACUUCUUUCGGAGGAGAUCUAUUUCAAGGUUCAAAAAAACUAUCGAAAUUGAACUCAAUGCCGAGUGAAUCUGCCAUUUCCCCCAA